AUGGCAUCUGAUACACUGACGAGAAUUCAGGAAGACAGCUGGCGUUUGGAUGGCAUCUCAUACACGGAAGAGCAUUCAGGAAGACAGCUGGCGUUUGGAUGGCAUCUCAUACACGGAACAGCAUUCAGGAAGACAGCUGGCGUUUGGAUGGCAUCUCAUACACGGAAUAGCUUUCAGGAAGACAGCUGGCGUUUGGAUGGCAUCUCUUACACGGAACUUCAUUCAGGAAGACAGCUGGCGUUUGGAUGGCAUCUCAUACACGGAAUAGCUUUCAGGAAGACAGCUGGCGUUUGGAUGGCAUCUCUUACACGGAACUUCAUUCAGGAAGACAGCUGGCGUUUGGAUGGCAUCUCUUACAUGGAACAGCAUUCGGGAAGACAGCUGCCGUUUGGAUGGCAUUUCAUACCGGAACAGCAUUCAGGAAGACAGCUGGCGUUUGGAUGGCAUCUCUUACAUGGAACAGCAUUCGGGAAGACAGCUGGCGUUUCAAUGGCAUCUCAUACACGGAACUUCAUUCAGGAAGACAGCUGGGGUUUGGAUGGCAUCUCUUACAUGGAACAGCAUUCGGGAAGACAGCUGCCGUUUCAACGGCAUUUCAUACACGGAAUAGCAUUCAGGAAGACACCUGGCAUUUGGAUUACAUCUCAUACACGGAACAGCAUUCACGAAGACAGCUGGCUUCGCUCUUCCUUCAUUGCCCUCUUUGACGGCCUCGUUCUCUUACUCCUUGUAUCUGUCUCUCUAUCUCGCUUUAAACGACGACAAUUUUCUAGCCUUCUCAGCACAUUGCUCAUGCGCAGUCUGACCACUCUAAUCUAUCUAUCUAUCUAUCUAUUUAUCUAUCUAUCUAUCUAUCUAUCUAUCUUGUCUUGUUUGCAUCACCUCCGAGAAUCAGUUCCAGUGUCGUCUGCUGCUAUCGAGAUAUUUGGAAGGUUACCCUAUCUUCGUGUUGUGUCUCAGCAGCGACCGGUGCGGGUUGGGAGACUUGCUUGCAGUGGGUAG